GUGGAGGGAGGCUUUUUUUUUUUUUUUGUAGUGUGAGUGAUAUUUAUUUAUUUAUUUUUUUUUCCCCCACCAACUUCCUUCCUGCUCCAACUGCCAAAGCGCAAAGCUGAGAGCUGAGAGCAGAGGAGGACCCCGCAGGCAGGCACCGCGCAGCAACCAAGAGACCAUGACUGAGAAGACACAGGAACCUCAUGUGGAGGAGGACGAUGACGAGCUGGAUGGGAAACUGAACUACAAACCUCCUCCCCAGAAAACACUGCAGGAGCUGCAAGAGUUAGACAAAGACGAUGAAAGCCUCACUAAGUACAAGAAGUCCCUGCUGGGAGAUGGACCUGUGGUGGCAGACCCAACGGCUCCUAAUGUGGUGGUCACCCGACUCACCCUGGUGUGUGACUCUGCUCCAGGGCCGAUCACUAUGGACCUUACAGGUGACCUUGAAGCACUCAAGAAAGAGACCUUUGUAUUAAAGGAAGGAGUUGAAUACAGAGUUAAGAUCCACUUCAAAGUAAACAGGGACAUUGUGUCUGGACUAAAAUACGUGCAGCACACCUACCGAACAGGAGUGAAGGUGGACAAAGCCACAUUCAUGGUUGGCAGCUAUGGGCCACGGCCAGAGGAGUAUGAGUUCCUGACGCCUAUUGAAGAAGCUCCUAAGGGGAUGCUGGCUCGAGGCACCUACCACAACAAAUCCUUCUUCACGGAUGAUGACAAGCAUGACCAUCUCACCUGGGAGUGGAACCUGUCCAUCAAGAAGGAAUGGACAGAAUGAGCUCACCCUGUUUGCCUUCCCCCUUCCCAUCCCCUUGCCUCCUGCACCAGUCUCCAGGUGGGCCAUGCCCACCACGCUGCUCCAUCCUGCCACCAUGGCUGGCCACAGCCCUUGCAGCCCUCCCCGUGGAUGCUGGGGCUCUGUGCCAGCCUUGGUUGAUGCACAGGCCUGCAGGUGGCCUUUGCUGCUUCUUCUGAUACACUGAAAAUAACCCGCCUGUUCUCAUCACCACCCCAUCAUGACAUGCAAUGGAUUAAAUUGAGAAGCAUCUCCUGCCCUUUCUCCCAGUACUUCCUCUUGCUGCCUCCAUGUCUCCUUCUAUACCAACUCUGGUCCCGGGAAGUGCCUUUUCUAGGAAACAAGAUCACCUCGCCAGCUCCUUGAGUCUCCUGGCAGGGCAGACUGGUCCCUGGAAAAUCCCUCUCUGAGUUACGCUUGCCAUGUGCCCUGACUCAUUGUAAAUGGCUACUUAUCUCCCAUGAUGGUCUCCUGGUCUGUAUCUGGUGCCCUACCCCGUUGAAAUCCAUCCUUGUGCAGGCAAAACCGGUCAGGGGGAUGCAGCUAGAUGCUGUAACAAGACGUCAGUGUCUCAAGAAUAAAAAUGGUUUCCUUCUUCUUCUCUGCA